UAUCGAGUUAACUAUUUUAUCGAAGUCAAUGACGAUAAAACGUUUUACUUCUUCUGGUUUUAUCACGCUCCUCAAGUGUAUUUCGCUCCAUGGUAUGUCGUGUCUGCUGGAUUGUUAAUGACCUUGGUGUACCACAUGAGCGGACAGAUGUCCGUUCUCUCUUUCAGAAUAAGGAAUCUGAGCAUUGAUGAUCUUCAAAAUGAGCUUGCUAUCAAAUUGAUUUUCCAAGACCUGGCUCAGACACAUCGUGACAUUCUCGAAUUGUCGAAGAAUGUAAAUAGUGUGUUUGGACUUCUCCUGUUGAACGAACUUCUAAUAUUCACUAUUCUCGUCGGUCUUACGAUUUACACAACUAUAGAGAACUAUGAUAUCACAGGCGCUGAGGAUGUUUUCUCAUCCUUUUCAUACGGUAUGUCGGUGCUGAUGCUGGUAUACAUCAGCUGCUCUGCGGGCCAAUAUUUGUUCAACGAAAGUAUGAACGUUUCUGAAGCAUACUAUGACUGUCUAUGGUAUGAUAUGCCAGCGUCGUGCAAGAAACAGUUGAUAAUAUGUAUGAUAGGAACGAGCAAACCCAUUUCCUUGUCAGCAGCUGGCUUCUACGAUUAUACGUUGCCGCUCUUCAUCAGUAUAACUAAAACUGCAGGGGGCUACAUAUCCCUGUUACAAACGAUGACAGAAAAACAAAAUGAAUGAAGGACCUUCAGCCAUUGUAAAUUCGGAAUGUCCAAUAGAUAUUUGUAGAUUAUAGUUUUGCAUCAUUAUAUUCUCUUCAGGCACGAUAAUGACGUCACUUUUUUUCCUGAAUGUGUAACAGUCCGGCCUAAAUAACCUCGCUCAUCUAUAUCAACGAAAAUAACCACACUGAGAAAAAAAUUUCUUUCAAUGGACUAAAUCCAUUUGGUUGAAAGGAAAUUUAGUAUGUUCAACUAUUUUUUUUGUUGAAUAGCGAAUUGCGCAGUUGAUUCAACUGAAUUAGAAAAAUGUCUUGCAGUUGAAUCGACUAAAAUAC